GAAGAAAAAGUGGAUGUGGAGGAGGUAUAUAAGAUGUGGAGCAGGAAGCAGAGAUCACACACUGCAGCCAUGGAAUACCUUGAGGUCGCAGCGGUUCUUACUCUCUUCUUAUCCUGCACUUCGGGGUCCCCCGUAGCACAGGGCUAUGGACUACCGCCUUACAGGGACAUAGGAGUGACGUCCUUCGCGUCCCACAACAUCCUACCCUCUCAAGGAAACCAGUACGGGAGGGGUCAAUUAGACACCCUUCACUUGACCCGAACGCACCAUGGAGGUCCCUCAAUUUCAGGACCAAUUGGAAAUGCUAACUUCGGGGGUCCCUUGAUAUCCAACCAUGGGGGACACUACGGGAAUCUUGGCGGGGUGGGUUCUGGCUUCUCGGGUUCUUUCGGAGGCUCCGAUGUGGUGGGUGCCGGUGGAGGACUUGGUGGUGGCGUGGUGGGCGGCGUAGGGGGCGACAUAGUGGACGGCGGCUUGCUGGGCGGCUCGGUGGGCGGCAUAGUGGACGGCGGCGUGGUGGGCGGCUCAUAUGAUGGCGGCGUGGGUGACACGGUGGGUCCCUGCACCGAAGGGAAGGUCCUCCAAGUGGACGGGUCAUGCGUGGUGCCCUUGGUUCACCGCAAAGUGUUCGUGUUCGCCGCCCCUGACCGCCCCAAGGUGAUCCAGCCGCCGCCCCAGCUGCCGAAGCCCGAAGUGCAGCACAACGUGGUCGUCAUCAGGUCCCAGGAGCCAGAGGAAAACCCAGAGCCAAUCGUCAUCCCAGCGCCGCGGGUCAAGAACGUACUACUUGUGCUCAACAAACUGAGGGACAACGAGCAGAAGGUCGUGCAGGUCCCGCCGCAGCCUUCCUCUGCCCCCAGCGUGUACUUCGUCAACUACAAGGACGAACAAGACCUCCAGAACCAGGGAUUCCAAGGCCUUGGCAUUGACUUCGAUGGUGCUGCUGGUGUCGGCGGUGCUGGCGGUUUUGGAACUGGCAGCGGUUUUGGAAGUGGAGGCGGUGUUGGCGGUGCUGGCGGUGCUGGCGGUUUCGACAAUGUUGGCGGUGUUAUCGGCGGUGGUGGCAGUUUCGGCGGUGUUGGCGGUGUUGGUAUUGGUGUUGGCAGUGUCGGCGGUGCUGGCGGUUUCGGCGGUGUUGGCGGUGCUGGCGGUUUCGGCGGUGCUGGCGGUGCUGGCGGUUUCGGCGGUUAUGGCGGUGUUGGUAUCGGCGGCGGGGUGGAUGUGGUGGAUGUAGUGGACACUUCAUAUGGAGUGCCCAGGGUGAAUGAUGUAUCGGAUCAUAUUGUGGGCGGCGGGGGUGACCUGAGCUACGCGGCGAGCGACACAGAGGACGUGGUGGUGGAGGCAGAGCCAGAGACCUCCGAUGCAGAAUCACCCUCAGAAUCAGAAGACUCCUCCAAGGCCCUGUUCUUCAAGGCCUAAACGCGGUAUCGACCUUCACCCUACUAAUCCUAACUACCCUAACUGCCCUAACGACCCCAAUUCCACCAAGCCCUCCUCAAUCACCCCCCCCACCGAACAUUACACUUCCCCAGCCAACCCCAACCCCAAUGUCCAACCCUCCAAACUAGAGUUCCUCCAUUCUUGCCAUACUUUCUUGCCUCACCAUGGAUUAACCUCUCAACACCCGACCGAACACCACACUCCCCCACCCCUCCCAUCCUCCCAAACACUACUUUUUACCCCAACACCAAAACCUCUCACCACACAUGCCUUUUCUCAUUUUGCUUUUUUUUUUUUUACUCCAUUCCCAACACCGCUCCUUCCCAACCACGCAUACAUAUACACAGACAGGCACUCUUCCUUCUCUCCCUAUCGCCCCUCUUCCUCUUAGCUCUUCUUCCCACCAAAAUUUUCAUCAUACAAGACAGCGAUCGCCACAGAUACCGCGGAUCUCACUCUGAAAUUAAAAGCGCGGGUUGCGACGAAAGUGUGUAUAUAAAAAAUGAUAAAAAAAAAAGGAGGUAGUCUUGAAUAAUAGUUUGUGGUAAAUAUAUAAAAAUGAGAGAAAAAAUCGUAUAUUCACCACCACAUCAAAUUAUUCAGGUGACAAAGACUAGUGAUGUAUGAUUAAUUUAUUUUUGUACUCAACAAUCCAUUCACUAGUCUUUUUUUUUCUUUAUUUUCCCCCUUUGAAUUACUAUUUUUCUAUUCCUGUUACUACGAUUACAACUCUAUUUAUUAUUACUAUUACUACUGCUAUUGCCAUUUACUUAUUUUCAUUCAUACCAUUAUUUAUCUGAAUGUCGAUAAGACGUUGUUAUGCCUCUGUGUCUUUCGAGUCUUUACUUAAGAUAAUGACACUGUGAUAAAGAUGGAAUAAAGUGUGUACGUUUCAUCUA